AUGACUAUAUAUUUACAAAAAUGUUCUACAAUUUAUUAUUUUAUUUUUUUAGAUAUUAUUAAUGUUCAUACUAGUAUAACUUAAUCUGAUAAAUUUCAUUUCUAAUAUGUAUUAAUUUAUUAAAUAUUACUUUAUAGAAGUUUACAUAUAUGGCUAAAACAUUAGCGUAAUCGCAUGGACAUGACUCAAACCAUGAUGAAUAAUGCUUAAGUUCACCCCUAGGGUAAACCUUUAAAUUCACCUUUUUUUUUAUAGUCAAUUAAACUGCCAUCUAGAUUAAUGCCACAUAGAUAAAUGGUUUAAAUUCACUUUUUUUAUAACCGACUAAAAUGUCACCUAGAUUAGUGCCAAACCUAGAGUUUAGAUCGAGGGUUUACAUUUUUAGGUUUAGGGUUUAGGAUAUAUGGUUUGAGUUUAGGGUAUGAGUUUAGGAUUUAUAGUUUGGGAUUAAAUUUAAGGUAUAAGAUUUGAGUUUAUGGUCUAGGGUAUAGGAUUUAAGAUUUAGAGUAUAGAAUUUGAGUUUAGGGUUUGAAUUUAAAUUUUGGGUUUAAAGUUUAUGAUUUAGAGUUAAUGGUUUUCUGGCAGCGUUAGCUUCGUAAAGAUUAGCAUUAUUAUUUUUUUACCUAUUUUGUUUUUUUAUAGUUUAAUAAAUAUUAUUUAUUUAUCUAUGUUGCAAUAAUCUAGUUGGCGAUUUGAUUAGUUAUAAAAGUGAGGUGAAUUUAAAAGUUGAUCCAAUAGUAGGUUCAUCCCUCAAAUUUCCGUUAAAAUCUUGCCUACACAAUGCUGUAAUGUUAGUCACCGUCAUCGUAUGUAUAGCUGAGCAUGUUCAUGUGCAUGUACUAUAAAUAAACACUAGGGCCGAGGAUCGUACUUACACAAACCCAAAAAUAAAAUAAAAAUGGAGAGAGUUGGGGCAAGAAUAUUAGCUAAAAUCCGUUCACAGGUGUUUGCUAAGCAUCUGUCCCCCCUCUGCCUCUACUUCAUCUAUUUCCUGACCUUCUCCAUUUUAGGGUUUUUGGCACUCAAGAUCUCGAAGCCAAGAAUCACUUCACGUCCUCAUGACUUUGACCUCUUCUUCACUUCUGUUUCCGCCCUCACCAUCUCUUCCAUGUCCACCAUCGACAUGGAAGUCUUCUCCAACACCCAACUUAUCUUUCUCACUAUACUUAUGUUCCUCGGUGGAGAGGUCUUUACUUCCUUCCUUAAUCUCUACUUUUCUCAUUUCACAAAAUUCGUCUACCCUCAUAACAAGGUUAGACACCUUACGGACUCUUUCGACUUGGACCGUCGUAUGGAGGAACCCCGUAUUGACAUCGAGAACGUCAUUGAUCAUCAAGAAGGUUCAAUCCAGAUGAUUGAGAGGGCAUCUAAGUGCUUGUACUCAGUGGUUCUUGGUUACCAUCUCAUUACACACCUAGUCGGCUCCCUGUUGGUUCUUGUGUACGUAAGCUUUAUUAAAACAGCGAGAGAUGUUCUUAGUUCCAAGGACAUCUCACCUCUCACUUUCUCGGUGUUUAUGACUGUCUCCACAUUCGCAAACGGUGGAUUUGUCCCAACUAAUGAGAACAUGAUCAUCUUCCGCAAGAACUCGGGCCUUCUUUGGCUCCUUAUCCCUCAAGGUCUGAUGGGAAACACUUUGUUCCCUUGCUUCUUGGUGCUGAUCAUAUGGGGUCUUUAUAAGAUUACAAAGCGCAACGAGUUUGGUUAUAUUCUUAAGAACCACAAGAAGAUGGGAUACUAUCAUUUACUUUCCGUUCGUGUCUGUAUUCUUCUUGGAUUGACGGUGUUAGGGUUUUUUUUGUUUCAAUUUCUUCUCUUUUGCACUUUUGAGUGGAGUUCAGAGCCUCUUGAAGGAAUGAGUUGGUACGAGAAGUUGGUUGGAUCGUUGUUUCAAGUGGUGAACUCGAGACAUACCGGAGAAACUAUUGUAGACAUCUCUACACUUUCCCCAGCUACCUUGAUAUUCUUCAUCACAAUGAUGUUCCUUCCUCCGUACACAUUGUUUAUGCCGUUGACCGAAGAAAAUAAUAACAAAGAUGAAGAGGAUGAUUCCGGAAAUGGAAACAAACGGAAAAGAAGUGGGUUCUUCGUGUCACAACUUUCCUUUUUAGUAAUAUGCAUUUUUCUUGUUUCCAUCGUCGAAGAAGAACAACUACGACGAGAUCCACUCAACUUUAACGUUCUUAACAUCACUCUCGAAGUUAUCAGUGCAUAUGGAAACGUGGGGUUCACGACCGGGUACAGCUGCAAACGGCGGCUGGACGCUAGCGAUGGUGUCUGCAAAGACGCGAGUUACGGUUUUGUGGGAAGGUGGAGUCCCACUGGGAAAAUUAUACUUAUAUUAGUAAUGUUGUAUGGUAGGUUUAAACACUUUACGUCCAAAUCUGGCCGGGCAUGGAUUCUAUAUCCCUCUUCUUUCUAAAUAACAUAUAUAUAAAAAACAAUUACCCUUUUUCGAAAUGUAUUGUAAGCUAAUGUGCAUCCCUUUUUAACUACUCUCCUGAAAAUGUAUUGAAAGAAUGAAUAAUAUAAGGAGUAUAUUUCAUCUUCCCUUGCGUGUUGUAAAUCCCUUAUAUAUUAUUCGAACAACAUUUUAGUUACGACACAUGUCAUUACUAGAAUGCUACUCAAAGGCCCUAGACAAAUAUGUUGGUCUAUCUAAAUAUAUAUUAUAUUUUUUUAUCAAACUAACCAUAAAAUUAAUCAUUAAUGUACUUUAUUCUUUCCUUAAAUAAAAUCUACGAAAUUACCUAAUGUGAUUAAAAUAUCUUAUAUAUUAUUCGAACAACGUUUUAGAUAUGACAUGUGUCAUUACUAAAAUGCUACUCAAAGUCCCUAGUGAAAUAUGUUGGUUUAUCUAAACAUAUAUUAUAUUUUUUAUUAAACUAACAAUAAAAUUAAUCAUUAAUGUAAUUCAUUAUUUCUUUAAAUAAAAUCUACGAAAUUACCUAAUGUGACUAUUAAUGAUUUUCAGUAAGAGACAUUUGAUAAAAAAUGUACCAUUAUUCUUUUUGUUUAAUUUUAUACUAUUAAAUUAAAUUAAAUAAUAAUAUUCCCCAUAUAAUAAAAAUUUAGAUUUUUUUGUACAUGUUAUAUUUCAAAUUUUAAAAUGCGACAAUAAAUUACUAAAAACGUUAAAAAAUUCCACAUAAAAAAUUGUGAUUAAUGAUUUAAAUUUUUGGGCUUUUUGCAAAUAUGACUCAAAACUUGAAGUCACACACAAAACUAACACAUGUUUCUUUUGGAACUUUGACUUGCUUCUUUCAUCCCCAAAGUUCAGAUUAUCAUGAAAAUGCCAUCACUUUUUUUUACCUUUUUUUUUUCUUUUCUAAAAUGCAUAUUUUACUCUAUCGCCCUCAUCUUCCUCAAGUAUUCACAAUAUUUCCAUUGCCAUCAAUACACCAACCACCAUGAACAACCAAUUUGAAGCUCUUAAUACACCUAAAAAGUGAUUUACACUCUUUCUUUCUCAAUUCUUAUGAACUAAAAACAACAUCUCUUUCACUUUCACUCCAUAUUCAUCCAAAAAAACCCAAGAUUUUGAUUCUAAAUAUUUUAUGGUUCAUAGAGUCGUUGAAGCUUACAAUUCUUGGUGGGUCACUUUUGUUUUAGAUUCUAGGUGCUUGGCGAAGACUUAUAUGUGCUAAACAAGUUCACUGGUUGAAACUAUGAAAUCAGUUUUGUUAUCCAGAGCUGUUCUUCUAGACAACUUACAAGGAAGUCUUAUGGUCAAUGCAGAUGUUAGUUUUGCAAUUUUCUUUUAAAUGUGUUUUUAUAAACGACUUACAUGGAAGUCGUCCAUCUUUGUUUGUUAAAAAAAAAUACGAGACGACUUUAAAUGGGUUAAGUAUGGAUUUGACCGAUUUUUUUCAGAAAUUUGACUUUUCCUAGACGAUUUACAUGUAAGUCGUCCCGUGGAAAAUUUAAAAAACCAACAUUUUGUUAUACCUAGACGACUUACAUGGAAGUCGUCUCAGGUUAGUUUGCAAUUGAAAUAUUAAACAAUUUUAUUUUCUAGACGACUUACACGGAAGUCGUCCGUCCGACGACUUACAUCGAAGUCGUUCAUGAUCUUAUUGGGAGAUUAUGGUCAAACCUUGUAUAUCUUGGAUGAUUUUCUUGGAAGUCAUCGGACGGACGACUUCCGUGUAAGUCGUCUAGAAAAAAAAAUUGUUUAAUUUUUUAAUUCAAACUAACCUGAGACGACUUACAUGGAAGUCUUCUAAGUAUAACAAAAUAUUGAUUUUUUAAUUUUCUAUUGGACGACUUACGUGUAAGUCAUCCAGGAAAUAGUCAAAUUUCUGAUACAAUCCGGUCAAAUGCAAAACUAACCUGUUUUUCCUAGACGACAUACAUGUAAGUCAUCUCGAGUUUUUUUUAACAAACAAAGAUGGACGACUUCCAUGUAAGUCUUCUAGGUUAAAAAUCAAUUGCAAAACUAACCUAAAUUGAUGAAUUCCUAGAAGUCUGCCAGACGUCCUCCGAGGAAGUCGUCUGCGUCAAUGUUUAAUAAACUUUUAUUUUCUCUAAAACUAUAAAUAAUUUUUAACAUUUUCUUGUUAAUUCAUGUCUAUUAAUCAAUAUUUUACCUACUGAAUGAAAUUUAUAAAUUAAUUCGUAUUUUUAAGAGUAUUAAGUAACUUCAACAUAUGUAAAACUCAUAUUUUCAAAAUAUAUUUUUUGCCUUAGUUUUACUAAAUUUGACUAAGUUUUUCAAAACAAACUUGUAAAAAUUGUGAUAUGUUUUGACUAGUUACUAUUAUUUGUUUACAUCUCUUAAGUAUGCACCAAUGAUGAUUAUUUCUAUGAGUGGGUAAAAUACUUGUUUCUUUAAAUGUCGUAUUAGUGACUUAAGUAUCAUUAUUGUUAUAUGCAUCAAUGAUUUUUUUUUUUGCUAUGAGUGAGUAGAAUGGUUAAAAUGAUUUUUAAUAUGUUGUAUCAAUGACUUAAGUAUUAUGAUACCACUCAAAUUACCCUAAGGAGUGAAUUACUCUCUCAAAUAAGAGGUUCAAUUGUAGUACUCAGGGAUCGAAUCCACAAGGAGAUAGGGAACUUAUUAAAUCUAGUAAUUUAUUAAUUCUAAGUGUUUGUUGUUUUAUGGUUUAAAUGUAAAUAGCAAUCCUAAUUGAGAAAGUCUAUUGCUCGACUAACAAGAUGAUUUGGGGGUGUAACUUAUUGGAAAGGUAUUAGAUGCAGGGUAUCUAUUCAGGUGUUGGAGAUUAUAAUCCUAUAGAUGCCUAUCAGUUGCAUGCAUGAUAUAUUAGAGCUCAACCCCUUAGACACAAUGAUCAGUGAUGGCAAUGUUUCACUGGUUAACUAACUAGAUCUUGGACCUCAACUGUCGUAUAUUGAUUACAAAAAAGUGUCGAUCGAUGGUCCUAUAGGGAUAUCGAUCGAUACACCUUUCACAAAUAUCGAUCGAUUGUCAGAAGACAGUAUCAAUCGAUGCUUCUAGUUAAGCCUCAAGCGUGAGUUGAUAAUGCUCACUAGCUUUCUAGUUCAGCGGUAGCCUUUUUCCAGUUGUCUAGUAUGACAGAUUAGGUUCAGGACUGGAUGGUCAAGGAUGCUUGACUCAUGCAGAUUCCUAGGUUCAAUAUUCUAGGUAGCUAAUCUAGAACAAGCACUAACCUACUUGAACCCUGAAUCUAACAAGUAAACUACUCAAACAUAGCUAAGCAAUUCAUGACACAAAAUAUAAAUAAAACUUGCAUAGAAUAGAAUAAAUGAAUCAAUGGAGUUCCAAUCACAAAUCUUUCUAUGAUCUUCUCUCCUAAAACUCUCUGCUGAAAAUAAGAAUACAAAGGUGGCCAAAAGCUCUCUUGCCUCCUAGCACUUAGGCAAGUAUAUAUCUAUUAGGUUAAAAACUCUUCAGGGGUAAUCUUGUAAUUUGUUGAAGUCUUGGGUUUAAAGUCGGCUGGAACCAAGUCGUGCUUCCGCGUCUCGACAUCGAGCGAUGGUACAUGAUGUACAUAGAUCGAUCUUAAUCUUCAAUCGUCGAGGCUUCUCUUCUGUAUCGAUCAACGACACUGGAUGUGCAUCGAUCGAUUGUGUCUUCUUCGUAUCGACCUCUAAUGGUCAGCUCGGAUGAAUACUCAUUUAAGCUCCUAAAUACUCCAUAAUCAUCACUUUACUCCAAGAUACUUCUGAACCUGAAAACAUACCUAAUAGGAUAGAAUAUAUAGUAUAUAGAUAGUAAAAUACUUAUAUACCAUGGGUGAAAAUGGAUCAAAUCCAUGGUAUAUCAACUCCCCCAGACUUACCCUUUUGCUUGUCCUCAAGCAAAAACGUCUCUCUGAAAGAGGUUUGAAAACAGCAGGUACUUAUAGAUAUCAAACAUAGAAAUCAUCACCUCUACAAUUUCGCAAACCACAUCUAAAGUCCUAAUCACAAAAGCACAUUACGCAAUAUCCUAGCUUAGCAACCAAGUUCAACUAGUCUACAACUUAGAAAAUCAUGUCUUACAUUCCCCUCUACUAACCUUAUUUCUCAGCAUAAAUAUAAAAGUGCAUGCUUUACCUUGGGAGUAUCGUUCAAAGGAUGCAAGGAUUUUCAGACAAGUAUGUGGAACUGCAUGUAAAAGUUAGUUCAUAAUUUCUCUAUCUCUAAUUUCUCUCCUGAGUCGAAGUCUGCUUCUAUUGUAGGAUCAGUGACCAAGAUUGGACAUGCUUCCAUGAAUCAAGUCAUAAUGAUGGUUGCCACCAAGCCCUAUUCACUUCUUUUUGACCUAUAUCCAAAAAUUCUUUGUGAAGCGAGCCUUGAAUAUUGCCGCCUCCAAGUCCUGUUCGAAUUCUUUAUUUGGAAUCUUUAUGAAGCAAGUCUUAAUGGUUGUAGCCACCAAAUCAUGUUCAGAUUCCACCUAACUAAAUCCUAAGUCCUAUUUAAAUAGGAAAUAUCGGAUUUUUUUAAUAUAAAAACUAGUAACUAAUACUAACUACUCUAGGGUCGAAAUAGAGAGAGAAAAUUGUGAUAAAUAAAUCUACAUAAAGCUUUACCUUCCAGACUUGUCUGAAGAAUCCGAUCCGAUGUAUACCAAGCCCCAAGACAAACGGUUAUGUCAGGUUUAGUAUUGGAGGUCAGCUUUGGUUCCUUCAAACAAUCAAGCCAAGUGUGUAUAGUUGACAGGUUGGUCCACUUUAGCAUCUUAGUACUAUCUGCAAGCAGUAAAUCUAGAAUGGUGCUAAAGAGUGGUUCGACAUUCAAGUAAUAAAAUCAUAGUCUCUUUCACAUAGCUAAGCAUAAUUUAUAAAAAUCUUUUUAUAAGAAUCAGAAUAAAUCAUAUCAGUAAACCUCCCCACAGACUUAAAUUAGUUAUGGUGGAAAUAAAUCAUAAGUACAAAUUUAACAAGCUAGGAAGAUAAACCUGACCGGAGUGGGAAUCGAUCGAUGUGCAUAGGUAUGCAUCGAUCGUCUUGUGUGUGUGUGUGUCGAUCGAUGUCGACGUCUCAUCCACGGUCGAUAUGUUGGUACUCAUCCUACUUGGGUCUUGCAAUAAAUAUGAAAGAAUAAAAAAGAAAAUAAAUACCAAUAACUAAGAAAACUAAUUAAAAUUACCUAAUAGUGGGUUGCCUCCCACUCAGCGCUUUGUUAUAGUCAUUUAUCUUGACUUUAGAGGUAUGUGGCAAGUUGGUGGAGAAACAUCUACUUGUUGAGAAACAAGCAUCCACCUCAUCUCUGCACAUUCUGGACCAAGCUGCAAUGAAACUUCUUGUGGCCUCAUCAUUUCUGGUCCAUCUCUUAUCCAUCAUUUGUACUGCAUUUGAGAUGUUCUGUAGUCUUUCUAGGAUGUAUUUAAUGCUGAACUGAUAGCAGCUUAUCUUUCUGUAGGCGUAUUCUGAUUGCUCGUUCAGUUGCUCCUGCAUUGACUCCUUGUAGUGUGGUAUCAGCUGUGCGUCGUCUGGUAUGGAAGUGGUAUCGAUCGAUGCGACCAAGUGUCUAUCGAUCGUUGCUGGUGUAGCACUGUCGAUCGAUUUUGAGUGUGCUCCAUCGAUCGAUGCUGAUAUCUGGUGUUGAGAUGCGAGUUGCCUUUGAAUGGCUUUGACUUCCUUCUGUACCCAUUCUGCUUGGCUAUCUAGUCCACUGAUUUUGACGUCGAAUGGAAAGUAGAUGUCAUCACACCGCUUCUCAAGUCGGUCCUCCAAGGUGUCUAUAGCUUUGUAAAGCUUUGAUGUGAUCUGAUCAACUGCGUCUGCUGUGUAGGGAAGAUGUUCUGUAAGUUUCUUGCCGUCGAGCAAUGUCAUGCGGAACCUAUCGAUCAAUGUUGAACCUUCUUCCUGAAAAUCGUGUUGAUCAUUAAGCUUACCAAUGUCCUUCUGGACAUUCAUCAUCUGUGUAGACAAGGUGUCCAAGUAUUGCAUGAUAGGUGAGGUGAACCGGUCGUGCAUAUCCUCAUACGAUUUCUACCACUCCUCCAUUGCUGCGAACCUUGUGUCGAUCGAUGUGAUGUUGCAGAUAUCGAUCGAUGUGGCUGGUUGUGGAUCGUUCAUGCGAAUGGUGUCCAGUUUUUGCUGUACCAGAUCAAUUCUCGUGCUCAACCAGUCCACGUUGUUGUUUAGAGGGUUGUAAACGUCGUUAAUCCUAGUGUUGAUGUAUGCGAUCUCCCAUUCAUCCUUCUUCUCUGCCAAACGUUCCGGUUCUGCAGGAAUCUGGGAUGUAUGUGGCUUGACGUCGAUCGAUGUUGCUUUGUUGGCGUCGAUCGAUGUUGAUGACAUCAGGAAAAUUCUAGAGAGAGCAUCCCUAUUUGUUGGCGUCGAUCGAUGUUGAGUUCAUCUCCAAGCUUUUCCUGAGUUCCACAAAUACCAGUCACCAUCUCAUUGAUCUCAUCCUUGGUGUAGAUCUCAGGUGCCAGUGUUGUAGGUGUGAAGGAAAUGACAUGUUCUGGAAGACAUAUGCGACCCUCUCCAAAUAGGGAUGCUCUCUCUAGAAUUUUCCUGAUGUCAUCAUUGGUAACAGGAAUCAUAUCACCAGCUGCGCUCCUUGCAUAUCCAGACUCGUCUAUGUAGACUCCAUAUUCGUCCUUCUGUUCCCAUCUAAACUUUCUGGCUCCAUAGCUGUCAUGAGCACGACGUCCACAUUUAUAAUGUCUAUCGAUCGAUGGUGAAGGUGUUUUAUCGAGCGACGUUGGUGUUACCCUAUCGAGCGAUGUAGAAGCAAUCUCAUCGAUCGAUGGAUAGCUAACAGGUUUGCACAUUUGGUGUGAACUAAUUCCUGUUAUUAUAGCUUCCACUACAAAGAAAAGUGAUAUUAAUAGCACAUUAUGAUAGCAUUGUUUUCUAAACUGCUAUGAAAGAUUAAUUUUUUACUUUUGUUUAUAUUGAUAGCAGUUAAUUAUCGCUGUUGUGGAAAAUUAGUGAGCGGGACGCGGAAAUCAUUGAUACCACCAAUACUUAGUUAAAAAACAGAUUUUUUUUUUGUCAUCAACAAUACAAACUCAUACUGACUCUGUAAACCAAACCGGGUGAUUUGUAUCCAUGUGAACGACGAAAGACGAUUGCUUUCUAGCACUGCGUGCUAGAUUAUCCUCCUUUGAAUUUUGUGUCCGUGGUACAUAGAUAAUCUCUGAUCGGGUGAAGCUCUUUUUCAGGAUCUUGAUGUCUUCCAAAUAAUUUGCAAAAACUAAAAAACAGAUUUAAGUGCCAAAUACAUGAUAUCAAAAAAAUAUAAUAGCAUUUUUCUUAUGCAUUGAAAACAUUAAUCUUUAAAUCUAAACUACAUACCAAAUCAUACUUAAUUUUUAUAUCUUACACAAUUUUUAAUUUUUAAACUUCUUUGCUUUAAUAACUUUAACGUUAUGACUAAGUCUUAACAUUUAUAUUUAAUAGUCACUUUUAUCAUUAUAAAUCUUAAGUUAAAAUUAAAAUUCCAAACCACGUCAAAUCUUACACACGCAGACUACAAAUCUAAUAUUUUCACAAAUAAUCUCAACUUAAUCUAAUAUCUAAACUUAAUUUUUAAAAACGUAGUCCAAGUCUUAAUCUUAACCUCAAAUCCCAAAUUUAAACUUUGAACUCUAUAUCAUAAACAUUAAAUUUACAAUAUAGUAAAUAAUCUAAUUAUUAGAUGAAAAAUUACUCUAUAUUAAACGUUUUAAGCUUAUAAAUUUAAUUUUCAAAUAUUUAUCCUAAAUUUAAGAUUAAAUAAAAAAAAAAUUAUCUUUUUGCUACCCCUAUUUGAAACCCUAAACAUAAUCUUUAAAACUCUAAUCUAUUCAAAUCUAAACCUUGCACAUUAUAUUCCUAACAUUAAAAUUUUGACUUUAAAUUGCAUAAACUGAAUCUUAACUACAACUUUUCAACCUCAAAGAUUAAUUAAUUUAUAUAAUCUCUAAAACUUUAUAUCUACAUUUUUUAAAAAAUAUUAUAAUAUUAAAGUUACAAUAGUUGCCAAGAACGAAGAUAAACUACAAUAAAAAUAAAUAAAAUUAGUAAUCUCUCAUCUAUUUUCCAUUGGCUAAUAAUGAGAGUGUGUGGAUUGGCAAUAUAGACCAUUGAUUAAUUUUAUUCAAUGGCCCAGAUUCAUCCAAUUUGUGCUUCUUCAUCUCUCUGUUUCUCGGCUUUAGACCAUCUCCAACCCAACUCUAAAAUACUAUUUUAGUGUGAUUUUGACACUAAAAUCUUUUCCAACCCAACACUAAAAAUCACACUAUUUUAGUGUAAAACUAUAAUUUCACACCAAAUUUGGUAUGACACUAUUCACCACACUAAAACGCUAUUCACCCCACUAAAACAAUAUUUACUUAAUUUAUUAAUAAAAUGGACAAUUAAAUAAAUACAAAUAAAACUAUAAAUACAUAUAAUAUUAUAAAAUAGUUUCUAAUGUGAAAUUUGGUGUUAUAGUUGGAGAAAAACUUUUUUUAGUGCUGAAAUUACACUAAAAUAGUGUAGUUUUGACACUAUAAUAGUGUUAUGGGUUGGAGAUGCUCUUAGUUUUCAUUUUAUAUUUUGCUUUCUUCCUCUUCUGUCAAAUCUCACUCUUCCACCGUCUUCAACGCCAAAGCUUUGCCUCCUCAUGAACCCGAGGACGAACCCCACAGACGAGCCAUUUUGAUUGGGCUGAGAUGAAGCUCUGCGCCUGAUGAGCUUCUCUACCGCAUCGCAGAUCCAUCUUCGCCGGUCUCUGCCUUCACCGAAGUCGCCACCGCCACUGCUCGUCACCACCGUUACUGGUCACAUCUCUCUCUAUUUCUCUCAUUCUGUGUUUUUCACUCUCUUUCUCUAUGUUUUGAGUGUGAUUUUUUGUUCUUCUUGUUAGAUGAAGGUGGUCAAGGCAGAGGAGCCUGAUGGAGGAGGACGUAAUAGAAGCGGUGGGUCGUUAGCGGCUGGGAGAUGCAGUUGGUUCAUAGACGAUGAGGAGAUAUAUAUGAGAAGCCAUAGAGGAGAGAUAGAUGAGACGUGGUGGAAGUGAAGAGCUUCAUGGAGUUGGUUCAGAGACAAUGGUGAGGUUUGACGGUGGCUGUUCAAAGACGAUGAGGUAGAAGAAGAAGAAGAAGAAGAAAUCGAUGGAGUUGAAGUUGACGGCGAAGAGUUUAGAUCUAGGGUUAUUCAUCUUGUUUUUCAGGUUUAGAUUUCUAAACUGGGUCUGUGUGUAAACCAGUGUAAACCGGGUUUGUGUGUAAACCGAUAUAAUUUGUAAACCACGAUUUUAAUAAUAAACCAAUAUCCUUUCAAA